AUGUCAACUGGAGCUUGCUACUGGAGUGGUAACGGCUCUUACUGCUGCCCUUGCAGUGGCAAAGGACAGGCUGAUGUAGCCGAAUCUUCGUCGACCUCUUGCCUGGAAUGCGGACAUCCUCUCAGAAGUCAUUUCAUAAUUGGGCCGCACCUAGAUGAUCCUACUGGUAGUCAGGUCUUCCUACCAAGACACGAAACUGUGAGAAAACUUGCCAAUCGCAUCCACGAACAAAGAGUGGUACUUGCUCGUGGAACCCCCUCAUCGGGAAAGACCUUCCUUGCCUGGUCUCUUCAUACAUACCUCCAUGGACAAGGCAUCAAGUCAGUUUACAUCAGAAGCUUCCCCUUUAGUUUGGAGGGCGGUCCCACCGCGUCGCAUUAUCUGGUCGAGGCCUGUCACAUGCAAGGAUUUGCGGCGUUCGGACACAGCAUUCUGCACGACAAAUUCGUGUUCAUCAUCGAUGAUGCGCACAUGACUUACAAUAACUCCGAGCUAUGGUUGAUUCUGAAUUCGGUGAACCAAGAUCGACUGGCGAACAUACCUGGGAUCAGUUUCUGUAUGUUCAGUGCUUUUGGCACCCCUGAUAGGGGCGUUAUGCCACACAAUAUGGGAAGUGACCUGUUGAUAUUCAACAAGAGUCAACGUCUCGUCUUAUCCGAUCAUUAUUAUUAUCUCACCGAGAAGAUCACGCUUUUCUACACCCAUGAAGAGUUCGAUCUCUAUGUGGAAAUGCAUCUCCAGGGUCGAGGUUCCGAUUACGACAUAUGCGAGGCUUUGAAACGGAGAAUCCUUUGCUUAACCGGCGGCCACCCUGAAUUGGUGGAUGCAUUCAUGCAUAUCUGCGACAUGUGGUAUGAGGCAUGGUACAAGGACGACGACCUUGACCUCAUCGAAUAUGAUGACGAUGAAGUUAGUAAAUUCAUUCAAGUUCCUGGCAUCCUAGAAGGAACAGUCGCAGCAAUUGUAAACUUUGCGGGUCUUCCACUUUCACCAGAAACUUUUUUCCCUCCUGAACAGGAAUUUGAAGUUCUACGCCAGGUUCAGCGAUCCCGUCUUGAGGGCAUUUUUUUCGACCCUCAGAGUGAGGCUAUGCUAUCAUGCAUUACGAAAGGUUGGCUGCACAUGGAGGAGAGCCUAGAAGGAGUAUUCAAAUGUUACUUUCCCACCAGGUUUCACGACAGGCUCGUCGGGUACCUCAUGGGAGUUCAGGAGCUUAGGUAUCCACUCCCGCCUACCUUGAACAAAGCGGAACUUGAGUUGAUGAUGAGCAUGCGAAACAUGACGAUCUCCUAA